CGCCAACAGACUCCCAUCGCCGUGGAAGAAGGGAAGACGCGUGGCCAUUUUGAUCAAGCAGUAGUUUAUCGGCAGCAGUGGAUGUGUGAUGUGGUAAUUCUUUUCAGUGUGCUGGAUAUCUGUUUGUGCAGUCUGUCACGUGCUGGGAAAGUGAGAAUCCACCAGUAACAAGAUGGCAGUAUUUAAUCUUCUAUCGUCAGUUGCUGGAUUUGUCAAAGUACGAUUCCUAAUAGACAAGGCUGUGAUAGACAACAUGGUGUUCAGAUUACAUUAUCGCAUCACAUCUGCAAUAUUGUUUGUUUGCUGUAUCCUGUGCACUACGAACAGUUUGAUAGGUGACCCCAUCAGCUGCAUUGCAGAUAGUUCCCUCCCUGGGCAUGUAAUCAACACAUACUGCUGGAUCACCUCCACAUUCACGCUACCACAUCAACAAGGCAAGCCUGUAGGAACCCAUGUAGCCCAUCCUGGAGUAGGGACCUAUGUUGAAGGUGAAAAUGAAACUCGGUAUCACUCCUACUAUCAGUGGGUUCCCUUCAUGCUGUUCUUCCAGGGCCUUCUGUUUUACGUACCACAUUGGAUCUGGAAGAACUGGGAAGAAGGCAAGGUUCGAAUGAUCAGUGAUGGCAUGCGAGGGUCCAUGAUUUGUACCAAGGAUGACAGACGAGAUCGCCAGAGCAGACUAGUUCAGUACAUGCUGGAUACGCUACAUCUACACAACACCUAUGCUGCUGGAUAUUUCAUGUGUGAGGCUCUCAAUUUCAUCAACGUUGUUGGUAACAUAUUUUUUGUGGAUGUGUUCCUCGGAGGGGCAUUCUUGAAGUAUGGAACAGACGUAGUAAGAUACUCGGGCUUGAACCAAGAGAAUCGGACAGAUCCUAUGAUUGCUGUCUUCCCUCGUGUGACCAAAUGCACCUUCCAUAAAUUUGGUCCUUCAGGCACAAUUCAGAAGCAUGAUACGUUGUGUGUCCUGGCCCUUAACAUACUGAAUGAGAAGAUCUACAUCUUCCUGUGGUUCUGGUUCAUCUUUCUGUCUGUGCUGUCUGGCCUUGCCCUGCUGUACAGCACUGUUAUUGUGGUGCUUCCAUCCAUACGUGAGACCAUACUGAAGAGACGCUUCAGAUUUGGUACCCCAGCGGGAGUAUCAGCAGUUGUAGACAAGACACAGGUUGGAGACUUCCUGUUGCUCCACUUACUGGGGCAAAAUAUGAACAUGGUAGUGUUUGGCGAGAUACUGGAUGAACUAAGUCGUAGACUGAAUGACUACAUGCAUAACAAUGUUCCUACAGCACCGUCUACCAUGGAGAUGUCUCCUAUAUACCCUUCAAAGGAAAAGUUCCCUAAAGAGACAGAAGCCUAGCACCUCCUGAGCUUUGAGGAAAAUUCCAGUGACUGACAAGUAUAAGAAAUAAAACAGACAAAAUGGACAUUUCUGGAGUGCAUCUUUAUAUGCAUAUAUAUAUGGCUUCAGAUGUUCUCAGAGCAGCACAUCAGGAUUCCUCAACACAGUUAAAAAACAAUGAAUGUUCAAACACCAAGAGGAGACUGAUGGUGUGUUUCUAUCUGAAAACCACAGGCUUCCGUAUUUUCUGAUAAUUCUUACAUACUUGCACUUCAUACUAAGUAUACCCCAAAUUCUGUAAUUCUGCAAAUAAAUACUUGUUACUUACUUUAAUAGUGUGAACUAGCACCAGCAGUUGUGGGCUAGUGUCACUCUCUGGAAUUGUCCUCAAAGGCUGGAAUUUCAUGUAUUACUGGGGUUGUGUUUCAAACAGUGAAAGUGUUAACAGUUAACAUGAAUAAUUUAAGAAUAUAACUUCAAGGUUUGAAGGAAAUUCCAUACAUCCUCCAAAAUAUGAGUUAUCUGUAGCUCACAUAAUGGCUAAAUUAGAGUAAUCGUAUUAGUAUAAUGAUGAAUAUCAGUUUAUUAUAAUAUUCACAUGUUUUGACUGCUAUUGCCUACUAGCUUAUGAAUGAUUUGUUAGGUUAGUUAUUGCAGGUUUUUGACAACGAAUUGUUGAGGGUUGCCUUUUCAUCAACAUAAAAUAGGUAGUUAAGUAAUGUAUAUUAUAAGCAAGAAGAGUGUAGUUUCACUGAACUGUCAUUCCUAUAACAUUCCAAAUAAAGAGAACUGUUUAGGCUCAAAACAAUUAUUGUCAGUUUUGUCUCAUUUCUGGUCAGUAUUACGUUGCCCUAUUCAUAACUGGUUCUUGUAAGGCUUUGGCAUAUAUGUGCUGCUUUGAAUAUACUAAUCACAUAGUUCAGUCAUCAGUAGCUGAUUGGCAAGUAUGCUAAUAUCCCUGCCACCUGAUUUAUGUGAUGUGGCAGUUUUGUCAGAAACACUGGGGACUGGGGGAUAUUGCAGUGCUUGAUGCCAGAACAUUGCUACAAAUACCAGUGAAAUCAGAGAGUUCUAUUAUCAGUUUUGUUUAAAGAUGGUUUUACAUGUCACAUUAUAUAAUCUGAUGUUCUGGCAUAAAUAAAGCAGUGAUAUGCUCUACAAGAAUUAUUGGCUUAAUGAGUCACUUGUGUCAUUUUAACAUGACAGAACAUCAUAUUAUUUUAAGAAUGUAGUUCAUUCUGUCACACUGUCUACUUUUUUCAACAGACAUUUUAAGAACUUGAGUUUUUUUAAACUCUUUAUAUUCUGUAUUUAAAUGAGUGUCUCAAUGUGAACGUUAAUUCAGCCUGUCCAGUCAUAAAUCUUCCUUACUUAACAGCAAUGUUACUUGUAUUGUGUUUAAUUUGGUAUAUAUGAAUAUGGAUGAUGGAGGAACAAGAAAUGAAUGUUUCAAAUAAAAUGGUAACACUGGAUGUGACAUAUUCAAGGGCAGUAUGUAAAGUGUGUAGUUUUGGGUUCUGAUUUAUAUGUAUUACAAUAUUUUUUUACACGAGGCUGGAAUUUCAUUCCCUAUAUCUAGAAUAGUAGAAUAAGAAUUCACUUAAGUUCCAGCUCAGUAUUAGAAAUCUUUUUCAGAGAGGAACAUACUGUAAAAUGCUCAUUUUCAUAUUUAUUAUGGUACAGAUGACCAUGAUUGAAUAUGUAGCCAUGAGCUGCCACAUUAAAAUUCACGUUAAUGAACAAUGUGAUGACAGCAGUGUUUAAUUUAAUCAUGACUUGUGGAUGUUAUUUUUGUGCAAAGUGACAGUUAGUUGCUUUUAUGUUAGAUUACAGUUCUAACACAUAGGUGCUGUUCCUCUAUGGAAUCCUGAUUGAGAGCUGUUGUGUAUCUGCAUGUGGUAAUCUCAAAUAUACAUAAACGAUACUAAUUACAGACAUCUUGAAUUAACUUCAUAAGUUGACAGUCAUGCAACUGGUAAAAUUUCCCAGCUUUUAAGGAAUCAACCUGAAGGUUCAUCAUCAUCAUUCAUAAAAAUUUACCACUGGAUCCUAUCCUGAGCCACUAUUUUACAAGUAUUUCUCCAAGAACCACUUUAUUUUUCCAUGCAUGCACUUCUAUUAUAAUUUUUCAGAUUGUGAGCAUGGAAUACAGCUCCACCACCAGCCGUUGGCAUACUUUAAAUAAAUCCACCUUCUAACUGAAAUGUAGUAUUUUUUUAACAGUAAUCCCCACCCUGUUACAGCUUUAUUAUAUCUGAAUAAAGUUCUUUCACUUA